CUGUACACAAACAGACCAUAGUGGGUAUUGCUGUGUUCCGACACACGACAUGUUUUUCGUCUGUAUAUGUUACAGAAUACAAAGGCUUAAGGCGGCAGAUUUUAGUCUCUCAUUUCGGUACAGCCAAUUGAACCAUAGAUAAACUGGUAUUUAUACUAAACAAUGUGUUCGAAAUGUGAAACUUUAAGCAAAUCAUUACUUUUUCUGUGCUCUGUUAAACUCUAGUUGUGCAAACAAAGAACAAUGUGAUGGACUUAUUCUUGAAAUAUUUCGGUGAAUUCGUCACAACACAAAGAACAAAUCUACAACGAAGGAAAAGACAGUAAACAUCUUCACUACCCGGAUUAUCCUUGUUGCCUUACAAAAUAUCUUGACAUUUCUCAUCAAACCAUGGAUUGAUCCUUAGUUGAGCUAAUUCGGGAUCUGUGACAUAUUUCUGAGAUGACUGAUCAGGGCGAGCAAUACGGAUUGUCUUGGAUUCUACAUCAUGUCCUUGACAGCUUUAUAGGGAGCCGGGACAUAGUGGCCAUAAGGAGGAGGAUGCAUCUUGUGGGUGCGCAAAUGCAACAUAGAAGCAAAGGCGCAAUUAAAGAAGUUGAAACAGGAAGUUUAGCAGAAGGAAUGGAUAUGGACGGCUCUGACAUAGAUAUGAUGCUAGUUUUCAACAUUGUGAUAGUGAUGUGUCCUGAUCAGGACUUCAGUAAUCCCCUGGGCAGUACAGUUAAAACUGUUUUUAUGAUGAGAGAUGAUGCUCACAGCAGACCUGGUUAUGUAACCCUGGAACUAGUUGAUCGGGGACUGACAUACAUACCACAUUUGGAUGGUUCUAUUGUUCGAGUUGGGGAUAGAUUUUUCAUAUCAAGUGAAAUGUAUAAACAAUCUGCUGUUGAUUAUUGUAAUGCUUUUUCACACAUGAACAUGGCAACGCAUGGACCUGCUGCUACUACCAGCUUGAAGGAUGUCCGCACUAACACCACUAUGGAUGUUGAUUUUGUGUGUUCUUUAUCGUGUACUAGUUGGCCUCGAGAGGCCAACGAGUGGGUGAGUCGGCCUCGCCUACAUGAAUGGCCAGAUAGAGCUUUGAUAGAUCAGAUAAUUCAAGGCGGUUGUCAUCUUGUUCCGGUAGGGGAUAAAACGUCUGUUAACACAUUCCUACAAUGGCGGAUUUCAUUUGCAACUGCAGAAAAGAAACUCAUUCAUUCUUUCACUCAUACACAAUUUCUAAUAUAUGGACUUUUCAAGUACUUCCUCAAGCAGAUAUCAAAAAGAUUAGAGCAGGAGGUGGGAGAGGCAGACAUUAUAUCCUCCUACAUUAUCAAAACGGUUAUAUUAUAUGCAGUGGAAAGCACUCACGGUUCAUUAUGGCAAGAAAAAAACACUUUUCUCUGUUUCAUGCUUUGUUUGAAUAUUUUGAUUGCUUGGGUGAAAGCUGGCUACUGCCCAAAUUACUUCAUUAACAGUAACAAUAUGUUCCUUGGAAAAGUUCAUGGUGAAAAUCAGGAAAAACUCCUUCAUAUCCUCAUUGAACUCCACGAUAUGAAAUGGGGAUGUCUUUCAUUUGGAACCUUCAUACGACCAUCAAUAGGAAUGCGAGUCCAGAAUGUGCGGAAUGGGGAUUGGAAAUAUAUACUUCCUUCGUCAGCACAAAUAGAAAUGGAAUGUGACAUGGAGAUAUUCAUAGAUACAUUUAGAAGGGUUUCAAUUAUUAGUUUUCAUUUACAUCCGGUGUUACUGGCAUUCAUAUAUGAAUCAAAGUUAGACAUAGAUGAAUCAAUAGCUAACUUUUGUGCAUCAUCUGUACUGUCUUGUAGAGGGAUGGAUGCUUUCGAGAAACACGUUGCCGCAAAAGGAAACAAAGAAAUGUACAAAUACCUAAGGAAAUGUAGAAACCUCUUGGUACCACUUUCAUCAUUGUGUACAAGCCCAGGUCUGCUAAUGUUGGCAACGUAUUACUACCAAACAGGAAAUUAUAUGAAAACUCUGGAGUUGUGUGGACACAUGCUAUCAUCAUUCAAAAUUUUUGUUUUAGGCGGUCCAUCUAAUAGUGACCAACACAUGUAUAAACAUCUCUAUUGUGGACGUGGAUACACCCUGCUUCACAAAUGUCAGGAGGUAUUUGUAUCAUAUAUCAUAUUUCAACAACGUUUUGUAAAUUUCUGCCCAUUCAACUUACACCAAGAAUUGAACAAACAUCUUGGUGCUCGACUUCUCAUCCCUCCGCUGCCCUAUGCUGUGUUCCUGACAUUCCUCUGUUAUCAUGAACUAGGGGACACCAGAAGACGUCACGAAGCAUUGAGUAAUCUUCAGUCAGUGAAGUAUGACGAUAACCAAGGAGGACACUAUUACUGGAUAGUCCACAAUAUCCUCGGGAUCUGCCAUGAAAUGGUUGGAGACAUAGACAGUGCUCUCAUGGAUUACAAUGACUCUCUCAAUAGUCCUAGUUAUUUUCAACAUGAAAACCCUGCCAUGGAAAGGAUAGACCGAAUGCAAUUUACCACAUACAGAUAAACGCAGGCGGAUCAUGUAAACCAGGGGUUCUGCACAAGAGCAGCGUUCGUAUAAACAUACAAGAAACAAUGAUAAUGAGAUGUGGGAUCACACAACGUUACGCAAUGUGUGGUGUGCUUACGACUGUGCACGAUGUGCGAACGAUAGCAAAAUUGGACGAUCAUUACUUGCGCGCAUUUGUGGACUCGUUGGGUGAACGUUGUGUGAUAACAAUCGUGGUUUGUGUAGAUUAAGGAAUAUCUUUAGGCUUAUUUUUCUGUCUAUACUUAGUGUUUUUAAACGACCUUAAUCGACAGAUGUAAAAUUAUAACAGAGUCCCGUAUCCAGGCUAACAUAGGCACUUUAUA